GUACUGCUUCCACUGUUACCACUUACCACUAGCAACUAACUCUAAAGCUAUAGUCCGCGCACUGCACACGUUCGACGAAAUGCCCCCACGAGCGCACCACUGAGAUUCGCUUCGCAUCUCCUCCGAUUCCUUCCCCCCUCCCGCUCCCAUCUCGGCCCCCGCCGGGAUCAACGCCGUCUCGCCGGGGCCCGGCUGGAUCUCCGUGCUCGAGCCGCCUUGAUGGUCCUCGGGGCUUCGCGGCGAUGAGCGGGCUGGCGUCGGGGCUCCACCGGCUGCGGAGGUCGUCGGCGCCAUGGGAGGUCCUGUGGUCGGCGCUAGCGUCCUGCGGCCUGGUGCUCUUCUCGCAGCUCACCGUGGCCAUGGUGCCGCGCCUCUUCCCAUCGCUCUCCCUCCUCGCCAUGCUCCCCAUCGCAGGCCUUGUGUUCCUCGCGGCUAUCGUGCUGGGCAGGCUGUGGAGGAGGUUCAUCGGGGUGGCGGCGUCUGCUCCGCUCUUCGUGCUCUUCAACAUCCUCCUCAUGUGGGGUGUCUACGUGUUCGUAAUCCGGAGAGACACUACUUCUCUGCUGGACAUGCUAAUAAAUGCUGAGUGUGCACUGCUUCUGUGGGGACUUUACAGAAUUUUGUCUGGUGAUCCUGGCAUUGUUUCUUGUGAUUCUUCAUAUCUAGAGGAAGCUGGCUGCAUGGAUUUUGUGGAAGCUAUUUAUUCGAGUGAGAAACUCCCAACGCUCUCAAGGAUCAGGCAGUGUAACUGCUGCAAAGCGAAUGUUAGGGGCUAUGACCACCAUUGCCCUGCGUUUGGUACUUGCAUAGGACAGAAAAAUCAUCGGCUGUUUAUGGCCCUUUUGACAGGAUUUGUUGUUGCUGAAUCAACAUAUACAAUGUGCUCAACAAAAUAUAUCACCAGAUGCAUUAAUUCAGGAACUAUUAGAUCUGAGAAUCCUGUAUCUCUAAACAUUGUAAUCAGUACAAUGCUCUUCUCCAUCCUCCAAGUGCUCUGGCAGAUUGUGUUAUUGAUGUGGCACAUAUAUUGCAUCUGCUUCAACAUCAAGAGAGAUGAGUGGGUAAUGUCAAAUUUCCCAUGCUUUGGACUCUUUCUUCAUCAAUUGCAGGUCUUCUCGUUUGCUGUUUCUUGUAGCUAAAAGAUUCUGAAGUCAAAUUUGCGAACCCAUAUGACAAAGGCAUGCUUGGUAACAUUAGAGAAUUUCUGAAGCCAAAAUGAUAUUAAGGCAAUUUUGAGUACGAAGACCCGACCUAUUUGAGCUUAAAACGUGGGAAAUCUAAUAUGCAAUUCGUUGGAGCUUGCUUGUCUUGUUACUUCAGCAUUAGUUGAGAUUCGUUGUUCUGGGCAUCAUUUGGAUUCUGCUGGCUGGAUUAAUACGCAAUUAGCAUUCUUUUGAAAAGUUGCUUUCACUGGGCGUGAAUUGUAAAGAGGAACGCACAUCUUGCAACUCUAGAAAUUCUUUUCUUCAUAUGGAGUUCA